AUGAUUGUCCGUUCGCAAACACUGGAUUUGGAGGUCAGCAGGACGCUGGAUAUCCUCGUUGAAGCUGAUUCAGCUGUCAUGGACGACACAUUUCUGAGAACUGUCGCGAAGCCGUGCCUUGCACAGAGUCCUCUGGAUGCUGCGCUCCCAGCAUGUCACCAAAUCCUGAAGCAUCAUGCACAUAGCAUGGAUGAAUCGACAGAUCCUCCAACCUUGAAGUGGUCCCCCGGCGAGCAGCAUGCUCUCACUGUCGUCGCUCUGGCAGACAUCUGUAUUGAUAUGCUAGAGAGGUUGCUGCCAUCCAAUUCGCAAUAUCGCUUUGGAAGCCUCCACAAGGCCAAACCUAUCCUUCGGUCUCUGACAUAUCUCGUCAGUGCAUUUCCAGAAAACCAGGCUGCUAUUGCGACUUGCGAGCGCGCGGCGGACAUCACGAAACAGCUGCGCCUGCAUUGGUCGUCUUGGACUCUCGAGGAAGAACGCUCAGCACGUAUUUGCGAACUGUGUAUCGAUGCAACGGUUAGCAGAGAGUCGGCCCCUGACGAGGAGGACCGCACAAGGCAUCAGAGGCGCAUUCUCGAAACGAUUAGGAGGCUAUUGUUUGUCAUCCCAAUAUCUGAACCCGCUGUUUAUUGCCGGCUUGUCGGGCUGUUGCGCAGUACAGAGGUGACUCAGGAAGUGCGCGGCAAGAUUUCGAUGUAUAUCUGGCACUAUGACGAACACUUCCAUAUCGGCGUCGCUCACAUCAUGAUUCUACUCGAAACCAUAAGCGACGGCUGUGAACGUAUGAGUAUCUCGGAGCUCCUGCGUAUGUCCACCACUGCGCUGCGGAAUUGCAUGAGAUUGCCUACCCAGGAGCGUGCUGGGCUUCGCGGGGAGAUCCGCCGUGCCUUGUCCGCCCUUGCCGUCUACUUUAAUUCAAGCACAGUCGAAGCAUUUGCAGCAAAGAUUACCGAGGCUCGCGGUUGGCUUACUGUCCAGACACUGUUCAAUACCUGCGUGCCUAUCGCGCAGUGGGAUGCUGAUACGUUCACGCCCCACGUCGUGGAGGCAUUGGCACGGCUUGCAUUGGGGUGUGCUCAGGCAGACCAUUGGUUCGCCGAAAUACAGGAGCGCGUAAAGACUCUGCGCGAGGUUAUUGGCAUCACAUUGCCGGAGUGGUAUGUAUAUGAUUGCAGUAUGAGUGAAUUGGAUCCAGGUCACAUUCUAUUUUUAUUUAAGUUGUAUAGCCUCCAGUCGGCUCAGUAA